GGCGCUCUCUUCACUCGCAGCUGCUUGCGUUCUUCGGUAGUGCCUCCUCAGCCGUAGUAAGCACAAUGGCAGACCACCACAGAGACAACAGGGGCGUCCUCGGCGGCGGCGGCUUCGGCGACCGCGGCUACGGUGGAGACCAUGGCCAGCAGCAGCAGCACUACCAACAGAAGCAGCCGGCCAUGAUGUGCGCCCUGAAGGCCGCGACGGCGGCCACGGCCGGCGGGUCGAUGCUGGUGCUGUCUGCGCUGAUCAUGGCCGGCACCGUCAUCGCGCUCACCGUGGCAACGCCCGUGCUGGUCAUCUUCAGCCCGGUGAUCGUGCCGGCGAUCAUCGCUCUGGCGCUGAUGGCGGCCGGGUUCGUGACCUCCGGCGGGCUCGGCAUCGCGGCUCUGUCGGUGUUCUCGUGGAUGUACAAGUACCUCACCGGCAAGCACCCGCCCGGCGCCGACCAGCUGGACGACGCCAAGGCAAGGCUCGCCUCAAAGGCCCGCGACAUCAAGGAAGCCGCCCAGCACCGCGUUGAGCAGGUGCAGCAGGGUUAAGAGGUCGAGGAUGUGGCGCGAGCUUGGACCCGUGCGUCCACGCAUCGCCUUCGUGUGCAGGCGCUCCUCCGUAAGCACGUUUAAUCGCCGUGGCCGCGGUAGCUCUAGCUAGUCGGCGACGUUCGUUACCACCCUGUCGUUGUGCUUUCCGAUACAGUGUGUGUUUAGUUUUCUAGCUAUGAGGUACUAGUACUAUGUUUCUUGGUCGAGGUUGUGAGAGGAUCUGCAUGUUGGAUGGUGUGUGUUGUGUGGCUGUGUCUUAUGAUGAGGAUGAAUAAAUUGCAGAGUUCGGCGAAAA